UGAAGAGUAGCAGGGAGCAGUGCAUGUGUUACAAUGAUCAGGGGAGGUUUCCGACUCUCCUUAUCUGCCAGCACUUCUGGACAAAGGGGUUCAUUUACCUCCCCAGAGCAUAACUUCACAUUGUUCCCUCAUCGGAAUCAUUCAGUAACAAGUGAAUCGCGCAUCCCUUCAGAACAAACUCUGAAAUCGUACACCGAUAUACCAGGCAACUGGAGAAGGAACUGGCUCAAUGUUUAUCAUUUCUGGAAGAACAAUGGUUUCAAAAAUGCACACAAUCUGAUGUUAGACAACUUCAAUAAGUAUGGUCCAAUUUACAGGGAAAAGAUUGGCUACUAUGACAGUAUAUAUAUUAUCAAUCCUGAAGAUGUUGCUAUUUUGUUCAGAUCAGAGGGUCCGCUCCCAGAGAGGUUGAAGGUGAGAGCUUGGGCUGCUUACAGAGACUUUAGGAACGAGAACUAUGGCGUCCAAUUACAAAGUGGGGAAGAUUGGAAAAGAAGUCGACUCGUUUUGAACAACAGAAUUUUUGCACAGAGCACUACCCAACAGUUCGUGCCCCUUUUCAAUGAAGUGGUACUGGAUUUUGUGUCCAUGGUUCACAAAGAAGUUGAGAAAAGUAGAAGUGGUUACUGGAGAGCUGAUCUCUCAAACAAUCUCUUCAAAUUUGCACUUGAAUCAAUCUGUUACGUACUAUAUGGAGAACGCCUUGACUUACUGCAAGGCAAGUAUAACGAGGCAUCUCAGAAGUUUAUCGAUUCUGUUGCCAUGAUGUUCCAAUCUACACCAACAAUGCUCUAUAUUCCUCCUAGUCUGAUGAAGUCAAUCAAUUCGAAAGCCUGGCAGCAACACAUAGGCUCAUGGGACAGUAUCUUUGAACAUGCCAAUACCUAUAUACAGAAAGCAUACAGGCAAUUUCAGCAGGGACUCAUAAAUGAGCAUGCAUACCCCGGCGUUGUUACAGAGCUAUUGCUGCAAGACGUUCUUUCUUUUGAAGACAUCAGAGCCAGUGUAACAGACGUCAUGACAGGCGCAGUCGACACAACGUCUACUACCUUACUAUGGGCAAUGUAUGAGCUUGCCAAACAUCCCCAUAUUCAGAAGAAUUUACGCUCUGAGAUUAUGGAAGCCCACCAGAAAUCAGAAGGUGACCUACUGAAGAUGCUAAAGUUAGUGCCGCUCCUCAAAUGUGUGCUGAAGGAAACACUGAGACUUUAUCCGGUGGCUACAACAUUACAGCGAUACUUACAUGAAGACACUGUGCUGCACAAUUAUCAUGUACCAGCUGGGAUGUUAGUGCAGGUGGGGCUGUAUGCGAUGGGAAGGAACUCAGAGAUAUUUAGCAACCCAGAAAAAUAUGAUCCUGAAAGAUGGCUGAAGAGAGAAGACACACGAUUCAGACACCUUGCAUUUGGGUUUGGACCACGGCAAUGCCUUGGGCGCAAGAUCGCAGAGACUGAAAUAUUUGUCUUUUUGAUUCAUAUGCUCCAAAACUUUCAGAUUGAAACUGAUCUAACGACUGAGGUGAAAUCCACGUUCAGCUUGAUCCUUAUCCCUGACAAACCCAUUGUCCUAAAGUUCAAGGCCAUCAAAUGAAGAGAAAUGGAAUAUGUUUCUGUAAUGAGGUUUUCCUUUCAUUAGUCUUGAAAAAUUCUGUUUAACCAGUAAUGGGUUAAUAUAAUGGUAUAUGUCUGUGUCAAUGCAUUUUAGAGCCAGAGAGAUAUAUAGCAUGAAACCAGAUCUUUCAGCUCAACUCAUUCAUGCCAACCAAGCUGCCGAUCUGAGUUACUUGCUUGCAUUUGACUGAUUUCCCUUUAAACUUCCCUACCCACGUACCUGUCCAAAUAGCUUUAUGAAACAUUGUAAUUGUACCACCUCCUUGCUAACAUUAGCAUGUUUAACUAACUACAUGAGGUUGGAUGUCCUACUGUUUGUUCACUUGUGAUGAGAAUAGAAACCCAAUAUAAGCCAGCAAGAACUACGUUUUCCCCACUGUGCUCACAAUAUUCUGCGUGAACACUAAGCUAUAAUGUUUCCUCUUGGUGCUCUGUGUAAUACAGUCAAAAAUUUAUUGUGGGUAAACAGGUGAGCAGAAUGGGAAAAAUACAGUUCUUGUGUUUCCAUCCUUAUCGUGAUUGAACAAAAUGUAGGGAAUCACGCCAUUAUAUUGUUACUUCACUUAUCAUAAUUUAUGACUUAUUAGGGCCACAAAGUCUGGCAAACUAUUUUAUAUCUUGUACACAGUCCAAAAGCAUGCUGGUUAGUACGUUAAUUGUAAAUUUUCCUGUGAUUAGGCUAGGGGUUAAAUCGGUGAGUUGCUGAGCAGUGUGGCUCAUGGGGCCGAAAGGGCCUGUUCCACACUGUAUUUCUAAAUAAAAUGAAAUUUAUAAAAUUCAUUUAUUUAGUGAUGCAGCCCUUCCAGCGCUUCGAGCCAUGCUGCCCCUGCAACCCCAUAACCCUGAUUAACCCUAACCUAAUCACGGGACAAUUUACAAUGACCAGUUGACCUACCCAGUCUCUGAGAGGAAACCACUGCACCCAGGGAAAUCCCAUUCAUUGAAUGGGAAGGACGUACAGAGACUCCUUAAAGAAUGGCACCAGCAUUGAUCUUUGAACUCCAGAAUGGUCUGGGAUGUAACAUCGUCGCACUGACCACUACACUACGGUGGUGCCUAAAUAUAAUUAUAUAAGAGAGUUUUCCAUUUUAAAGCUUAUAAAUACUUUGUGCCUAAUAUAUAUAUGCAGUUAUUUUGAAAUGAAACACUAGAAGAAUAUUUCCUGCAUGUUGCUAGUAUUGAUUUCAACAUGAUAUGUUCAAAGAAAGUGCUCUGUAUAUUGACUGUGUUAUGUUACUAGCACUGUUACCGCUUGUGCAAGUUUUCACGGUAUCACUUCAGAGACGAGCAAAAACCCAAGCUAACAUUGCAAUACAGUAUGGAAAUUGUGUUCUAUUGGCAGAAGAAGUAUGUUUUGGAUAAGAAGUUUUGAUACUUCAAAGCAUUAUUUCAGGAAAUUAAUCCCCAACACACUGGUCAACCAUCAAAUAUUAAUAAAGCUAGACUAUCUCAUUAUUCUGAUGAAGGUUCUGCACCCAUAAUGUCAAUUGUUUAUUCACUUCCACAGAUGCUGUCUAACUUGCUAAGAUCCUCUAGCAUUUUGUGUGUGUAUCUCACUGUCACUUGUUUGAGGAAGUGCUGUGCAUAAUAUUGUUCCUGUGAUUCCUACGUUGCAAAGCGCUAGCUGGAAAACAGUUUUGGAUGUCCUGAUGUGGUUAAAGGGUCUAAAUGAUUAUCAGACAAUUCUGGAGAGAUGAAUCAAAGAAACAAUGUCCACACCAACCAUCAAUAAUAAUAAUCACUUUAAGUUCAAAAAAUUAUUCUAUUGACAUGUUAUUGUUAGAUUAGAAACAAAAUAUGUAAGAUAUUUUUGAUUUUUUUUGCCUCAUCUAUCUUUCUUGAUAACUUGUAAACCAAGAUAAUUUGAAUGGCAGUGAUAAUGGUGGGUAUUAUGUAUCAAUGUUGGGUGUAUAUGACACCAAAAAAAUUGUUUUAAAAUUGUUUCAUAAAAUAGUAACCUUUUGAAUUUAAAAUAAAGUUUUACUGUCUUUCUAUCAUUCAGUGACUUAUGAGAACCAAGAAUAUUCAAGUGACAAUCACAUCAACCUCAAUCUUACUAAGUAACUGAACAGGAACGAGGGGUUGAAAGACCAAUUUCAGUUCCUAAUGUGUAUGCUCUUUGUCUGAAAAUUUUAACUUGUACAUUGUGAUCUUUAUAUAUUUUCAUAACUUUGUCAUUAUUACUUAUCAAACUAAAAGCUAUUAAAAGUGCC